GUACAUCCACAGAAAUACACACGCACAGACACAUGUACAUACAUACACAGACACCUGUACACACAGACACAUGUACGUACAUACACACAAACACACACAAACACACAUAUACAUAUACGCAGACACAUGUACAGAUACACACAUGUACAUACAGACACAUGUACAAUUGUACAUGCAUACACAGACACACACAAACACACACACAUGUACACGUACACCCCUCCCCCCAUAAAAAGUUUCAGUACUUCGUUGUUCACUCACAGAGCCGGGUACUGCACUCUAGGGGGAGGCAGAGAGCACAGCACACACUCCUUCCUUUGCUUUCAUUGCGCUCAGCUAUUGAGCAGUCUGACGGCUCCCAGUGCCAAUGACAGAUCCAGCCUGAGCUCUGAGCCUGCUCAGCAAGACGGCCCUGGGGGACACACUUGCCCCACCAUAACUUCCACUCGCCAUUGGCGAGCAGGUGAGUGGAAAUUUCAAGCCCUG